GCAGACCAGAAUCGAAUCAGUAGGAGUCAGGUGCCACUUUAUGGUGUCCAAGGAAGGUUUGAAAGGAUAAACCAGCAUCCAAAUGCAGGGAGUCACUCGUUUUCCAUAGGAAUCACAGAAGUUCUUAAUACAAACCUUUUGAUAGAACUAAGUGCUGAUGAUAUAGAAUAUGUCUAUCAAAGGAGUCCUGGAAAAAUUUUAAGCAUUACUAUCCCAACCUUUGAAGCCCUUACUCAGUUUGGGACUGCUACAAUCACAACUAAAAAUAUUGGUGAAGUGGAAGCAUCUUAUAGCCUAACGUUUGAUUGCUCAACUGGCAUCAGCCAAAUGGAGGAACAAUUUUAUAUAAUGAAGGCCGGAGAAAUUACAACUCGAUCAUUCAAAUUGUACCCAACCACCGAUCAAGCUGCAAAAUAUGUGUGUGUAGCUAUACUUAAGGACUCUGAUUUUAAUGAAGUUGAUAAAGCUGAGUGCCAAUUCACUACUACAGCCACUGUUCUUGAUAAUGGAUCACAGAUACCUUUUCAACCUCCAAAGACCAGUAUAAAUGGUUUCUUUGAAUCUAUUGAGGACUUGUGGAACAAACUGUGGGAUGGUUUGGCAGACUUCAUCACGGGAAAAACUUGCAGAAUGAAAUGCUCUGGUUUCUUCGACUUCAGUUGCCACAUACAGUAUAUCUGUAUGAGUUGGAUAGUGAUAUUUGGUCUACUUUUGGCAAUUUUUCCCACAGUGCUUGUGCUACUCUGGCUUCUACAUCAGAAUGGAGUAUUUGAUCCUCUUUAUGACUGGUGGGAAGAUCAUUACUGGACUGAUGAACAUAGAAGUGGAUAUAUCUGGAAGUAUGGAAUUGAUGAUGAGGUUCCACAAGUCCAUUUUAAAAAACAUCAUAAGCAGGAAGUAAGGCAUCAUAAGCAUGAUGCUCAGAAAAAGCGAAGAAGUAUCCACAACGAGCACAGGCACAAAUAUUCAAUACAGGACACUGAUUAUCAUUAUUACCUUCACCAUGUUCACAAGGACAAGAACAAACAUGGAAGAACCAAGAGUCCAGGCAUCAUAAAGCAAGUUUACUUGAAUGAAGGAGAGGAUGAUAAUGUUGGGCAUCGCAGACGCAUAAAAGAAAAAGAUACCAUUGAAGAAAUUUCCAAAUUUGCUAUGCAUGGUGAUGUAAACAGAAAGGAACAUCAUAAGCGUAGACAUGCACCAUUAGAUGACCCACACUUUAAGUUGCACUCUAAGCGGCGAGAAUAGGAGGAAUUGGAUCGGUGAAAAUUCUUUUUAUCAUAUAUCAAGCAUCUUCCUUUUUUGGAAUAUUUUGUUGAAAUUUCUCCUACUUCCAUUUUUCACUUGUUUUGUUGUUGGUGGGAUUGGGGAACCAAGAACUUGAAAAAUCUUUUCAUAUAUUUGAUUUCGUCACAUGGAGAUUCAGUGAGGUAAAAGGGGUGAUAAUGGAACUUGUUACUACUAGU